CCAUCAUCAGAGCGUCUGUUGUCGUUCUAUGCUUUUAUCGCCCGUUUCUUCCUUCCUGUUUUUUCCUUUCUCUUCGUUUCCACUCCUUUUGAUUUUUCCUUGCUCUCAAACCUACGACAGCCGGGGCCAGAUCAGCAUUUUCGUCUGUUCUCUUACUGAAGCUGCGGGACAGCUUCUCAUGUCCCCUUGUUCUCAGUUGCCUUCGCUUUACGAAUGAGUCCUUGUCAGUAGGCGGUCCCGGAUUAUUUGGCUGCCUUUUACCUUCUCGAACCCUCUUUAUCUUUUAUAUCAGGAUUGCCAAUCAAGCAGCAAUCCUUUUUUGCGCGACAAAUACCGGUUUUUUUUAAUCAAGAUGGACGGAAUGAAAGAGCCCAAGCCCCAGUGUGGCGCCAAGAAGGGUGGUCAACCGGCCGAGUAUGAUGUUGGCCUUCACGUUGCUGGUCUUUUUUUGGUCUUGGCCUUUUCGAUCUUUGGCGCUGGUUUCCCCGUUGUGGCCAAGAAGGUCAAGUGGAUGAAGGUUCCACCCAAGGUCUUCUUCGCAUGCAAGCAUUUCGGUACAGGCGUGCUCAUCGCGACGGCGUUUGUGCAUUUGCUUCCCACCGCCUUUGGCAACCUCAUGAACCCGUGCCUUCCGGAUCUCUUCACCGACGACUACCCACCUCUUCCAGGUGCUAUCAUGAUGGGAUCCAUGUUCAUUCUGUUCAGUAUCGAGAUGUGGAUCAACGCCAAGAUUGGCGGCCACUCCCACGGAGGACCUACCGGUGAUGUGAUGCACGACCACGGUCACGGAGCUGUCCAGCCUGCCCGGCCUCCUCGUUAUGGCCGCAACAGUUUCGAUGCCGAGGCGGACAGCAUUGACUUUGAGAAGCGAGUCGCCCAGCGCGCAUACAACGACGAGAAGUCACGCUUCCCUGCGCCUUACUCGGAGACUGUCUAUGGAGCGCCACCACCCGCCAACACCAACUUGUCCGACUCUGACAUGCCGCCUUGGUUCGUCGUUUUCUACGAGCAGUAUGUGCGUCAGCGUAUGGAGAUGAUGAACAUGAUCCGAACCACCCAGGAGAAGCAGACGUCGUCUCAGGUUGCUGUUACGGAAGUCAAGCAGGAAGAUCCGUUUUAUGAUGCAGAGGGCCAACAGGUUGACCCCGCUGUGUAUCGCAAGAUGUCUCUCAACAUUACCAUGCUUGAAGGUGGUAUCCUGUUCCACUCAGUGUUUGUCGGCAUGACCAUCUCCAUCACUAUUGAUGGUUUCAUCAUUCUGCUCGUCGCUAUUCUGUUCCACCAAAUGUUUGAGGGUCUUGGUCUUGGUUCCCGUAUUGCCGCUGUGCCAUACCCCAAGGGCAGCAUUCGUCCCUGGGUAUUAGUCGUCGCUUUCGGCACCACAGCCCCCAUCGGACAGGCCAUUGGACUCCUCACCCGCAGCACCUACGAUCCCGAAAGUGCAUUCGGUCUCAUCAUCGUCGGUGUAUUCAACGCCAUUUCAUCUGGUCUGCUGCUCUACGCUGCCCUCGUCGAUCUUUUGGCCGAAGAUUUUCUCUCCGAGGAGGCCAACCGCCUUCUUUCCAAUAAGCAAAAGAUUUCUGCUUUCUGCUACGUUCUCGCCGGAGCUGCGGGCAUGUCAAUUGUCGGUAUCUUCGCCUAAGCCUUUACCGAUACUCCCAGGAAGCAAACUUCCUCCACACACCCCUCGAUCAGUCUCACGCGAGGGUACACAACACCCAGUCCAGUCCAGUCACACGCCCAGUUUAUACGGCUCGCCGGAACGCCGAGGCUCACUUCAGCCGAUGAACUCCGAACUCGACAGGACUAUGAUAGCAGAGAUGAACGCUCGUUAUCUUUUAAAUGCUGCGCCGGAUUUUGUCUCACGGGUCG